AGAAGGCCGAGAAGCUGAGCAGUCGAGGCGUCUUCACACACGCUCUCUCUCUCUCUCUCUCUCUCUCUCUCUCUCUGUUUAUUCCACCUCCGAAAAUGAGAGAGUGCAUCUCGAUCCACAUCGGUCAGGCCGGUAUCCAGGUCGGCAAUGCCUGCUGGGAGCUGUACUGCCUCGAGCAUGGUAUCCAGCCUGAUGGCCAAAUGCCCAGUGACAAGACUGUUGGUGGAGGCGACGAUGCUUUUAACACCUUUUUCAGUGAGACUGGAGCUGGAAAGCAUGUCCCUCGUGCUGUGUUUGUAGAUCUCGAGCCCACUGUCAUCGACGAAGUGAGGACCGGAACUUACCGCCAGCUCUUCCACCCUGAACAGCUCAUCAGUGGCAAAGAAGAUGCUGCCAACAACUUCGCAAGAGGCCACUACACCAUUGGCAAAGAGAUUGUUGAUCUCUGUUUGGAUCGCAUCCGCAAGCUUGCUGACAAUUGCACUGGUCUCCAGGGCUUCCUUGUCUUCAAUGCUGUUGGUGGAGGCACUGGUUCUGGUCUUGGGUCCCUCCUGCUCGAGCGGCUCUCUGUUGACUAUGGCAAGAAAUCAAAGCUUGGUUUCACUGUCUACCCUUCACCACAGGUCUCCACCUCUGUUGUUGAACCCUACAACAGUGUCCUUUCCACCCAUUCUCUCCUGGAACACACAGAUGUCGCUGUUCUUCUUGACAAUGAGGCUAUCUACGACAUCUGCAGGCGUUCACUCGACAUCGAACGCCCAACCUAUACCAAUCUCAACCGUCUCGUCUCUCAGGUGAUAUCGUCUUUGACUGCAUCCCUGAGGUUCGACGGUGCCUUGAAUGUUGAUGUCACUGAGUUCCAGACAAACCUUGUCCCUUACCCCAGGAUCCACUUCAUGCUUUCGUCUUAUGCUCCAGUUAUCUCGGCUGAGAAGGCCUACCACGAGCAGCUCUCGGUGGCUGAAAUCACCAACAGCGCCUUCGAGCCGUCAUCCAUGAUGGCCAAGUGUGAUCCUCGCCAUGGCAAGUACAUGGCUUGCUGCCUCAUGUACCGUGGUGAUGUUGUGCCCAAGGAUGUGAAUGCUGCUGUGGCAACCAUCAAGACCAAGCGCACGAUCCAGUUCGUCGAUUGGUGCCCAACUGGCUUCAAGUGUGGCAUCAACUAUCAGCCACCCACUGUUGUCCCUGGCGGUGACCUGGCCAAGGUGCAGAGGGCUGUGUGCAUGAUCUCCAACUCUACCAGUGUUGCUGAAGUGUUCUCCCGCAUUGACCAUAAGUUUGAUCUCAUGUAUGCCAAGCGUGCCUUUGUGCACUGGUAUGUUGGCGAGGGGAUGGAAGAGGGGGAGUUCUCAGAGGCCCGUGAGGAUCUUGCUGCGCUUGAGAAGGAUUAUGAGGAGGUUGGUGCUGAGUCUGCAGAAGGUGAGGAUGGUGAUGAGGGAGAAGAGUAUUGAGAGAGGAGAGAGCUCCAUUGCAUGCGUGCUGUGCUGCCUCUAUUAUUUGCCUGUGUUGGUGUUUGGUUUGUGUCUGCCAUCCGUGGUGUGCCCUAGGUUUUCUUUAAGUACUGUUAUUGUGUUUGAGAGUUUGUUUCGCUGUUUGGGAUGUGGAGACUCUUUGUUGCUGAUGGUACUGCUUCCAAUAUGGUAAUAUGAAUUUGUGGGUGUUAUUCUCU